UUUUACCCAAAUCCACCCUUUUUAAUACUGUGAAGAGGACCGUGAGAGGUUUUUCUCACAGCUUCGAAAGCGGUUUUUCUGAAAAUACUUGCCUUGUACUGUACGACUUCUGAGGAAAAGGGGGAGUGGAAAAGCGGUUUCCCGAAGCAGUUUUCAGGUGACUUGCUAGCUUAAGCUUGGUGGUCCAUCUUGGGACAUGAAUGCUCUUCAAUUUUUGAGUUUGUGUGCGCUCUAUGAAUGCCCUGUGGAUUUUCCAGGUCGCACUGAACUCUCCUUCGGUGGCACCGAACCGGGCUUUGGUUGGACCUAAGUGUUGAGUUGAAUUAUAUUUGAAAAUCAUUGUUUCUCGCUGGACUGUUCUGUGCACAUUCGGUCGGACUGAACCAACCUCAGAAUCAGUCCUUGGAUCAGUAUUUGAUUGUUAAAGCAUGAAUUACCUUAUUGGAGCAUUUAAGUCACCAUGUAACAUUUCAAUCACAUUUUCCGAUGGAAGAACUCGCAAGAAGGCUUCCUUAAAGAAGGAAAAUGGUCAAACGGCAAUGGUCCCUCUUUUUCAAAGUCAAGAAAACAUUGCUGGGGAGGUCUCUAUAGAACCAAUUCAAGGGAAAAAGGUUGAGCACAAUGGUGUCAAAAUUGAGCUUCUUGGCCAGAUAGAGCUGUACUUUGACAGAGGAAACUUCUAUGAUUUUACCUCCCUCGUGCGCGAACUGGAUGUCCCUGGUGACAUGUAUGAAAGGAAAACAUACCCAUUUGAAUUUUCUACAGUGGAGAUGCCAUAUGAGUCAUACAAUGGGGUGAAUGUAAGGCUUAGGUAUAUUCUAAAAGUGACGAUCAGUCGUAACUAUGUCAGCAACAUUGUGGAGUAUCAGGAUUUCUUGGUUCGCAACUAUACACCACUUCCGUCAAUCAACAACAGCAUUAAGAUGGAAGUUGGAAUUGAAGAUUGCCUGCACAUUGAGUUUGAGUACAAUAAAAGCAAAUAUCACCUGAAGGAUGUUAUCAUUGGCAAAAUAUAUUUUCUCCUGGUAAGAAUCAAGAUAAAACAUAUGGAGCUUGAGAUUAGACGUCGGGAAUCGACAGGAUCGGGGCCUAACACAUACGUUGAGACGGAGACCCUUGCAAAGUUUGAGUUAAUGGAUGGUGCUCCCGUCAGAGGUGAAUCGAUCCCAAUCCGACUGUUUUUGAGCCCAUAUGAACUGACACCGACAUAUCGCAACAUUAAUAACAAGUUUAGCGUGAAAUACUAUUUGAAUCUUGUUCUUGUGGAUGAAGAGGACCGGCGCUAUUUCAAGCAGCAGGAGAUUACCAUGUAUCGCCUUCUAGAGACUUCUUGAUUUCUGGGGCUUGCAAGCUUGGCAUUCCAUCUGAGAAAAGGAAAGGGAAAAAAAAAAAAAAACGUACAACACCACCUUUAGGGCCCGUUUGGAUACCACCGAAUAAGUUACUUUUUCUACUUACAGCAGUAGAUAAGUAACUUAUUUCAGACAAUUUUGGUUUAUGAUCAGUUGCACAUAGUUUUUUUACUUGAAAAAGUACCUAAAUCACUUCAGUUAAAUUUUUUUAAAAAGCUUUUCUACUUUUCAUAAGUUCGCUGAAGAGAUGCAUCAAGAGAGAUGAAAGAGAGGAGAAGCUGAUAAGUAUGUUUUUUUCCCAAACAUACUUAUCUUCUUAGUAAGUAGAAAUUAAGAUAAGCUACUUGUGGCAUAAGUAACUUGUCUUAAGCAACUUACUAUCCAAACGCCCCCUUAAUUUAAUAGGGAGCUUAUUUCAGUUUUAAGAUGGCUGUUUUGGCUGUUGUUUUGUCUA